AUGGAGAACUUUCUAUUCGCAAAAAACAAAAUCGGGUUUGUUGACGGAACCCUCCAAAAGCCGGAGAAAACACACGCCAAUCACAUGGCGUGGCUUCGAUGUGAUGCCAUGCUAAAGGGGUGGCUAAAUACAGCCAUGGAAAAGGAAAUCAGAUCGAGUGUUAAGUACGCUAACACCGCCGAAGACAUCUGGAACGACCUUCGUGAACGCUUUGGUAAAGAAAGCGCACCUAGGGCGUAUGAACUAAAACAACUUCUCACUACCACCAAGCAAGACGGGGUUUMUGUUUCURCAUACUACACCAAACUAAGGUCKCUUUGGGACGAGAUAAGCUCAGCUUUCUCGGUACCAAGAUGCUCCUGCACUGGAUGCACAUGCGGGAUCARUAARAAACUCACAGAACUAAGAGACAAGGAGAGACUGUACGAGUUCUUGCUUGGACUCGACCAUGAAUUCUCCACAAUCAGAACUCAAAUAUUAGCAAUGAAACCCGUUCCUACCUUAGGUGAAGUAUAUCAUCUGGUAGUCGAGGAUGAGCAACAGAGGGCGGUUUCAACUGCGAAGAGAACAACCGGUGAGACAGCCGCUUUUCAAGCCUACACAAAACGUGACGGGUCCAGUUGGUCACAAACCAAAAUGGCCCCAAGAAACAACAAGAGGGGAGGAAACAAGAAGAUUGAACAUUGUGACUUUUGUGGGAAGGACGGGCACAACCACGAUGGCUGCUUCAAACGCAUAGGGUACCCAGAAUGGUGGCCCGACAAAGGAAAACCAGAAAAGGGUAAGACAAAGGCUGCUUUUGUUGAAGCGGAAAGAGACUCGGCAUACAACAAACACGAUACAGGCGAACAUAGCCCAAUAGCCGGCCUAAGCAACGAACAAUACAGAUAA